AUGUCAAGUGCCAAAAAACCUGGAAUGCUGGACCGGAGGUCAAGUGGACGAACAACGACGUCCACGAAGAGCUCCAGUACUGCAAAACCCCAGUCAACGUUACCGAGCUCUUCAAGUGGAGGCGACAAUAGGGCUCUCGCGCGUCGUAGCAGUGUGGGAAGUGGAAAGCCAGCACCGAGUGGAGCCCCCCCUCCAAGUACAACGAGUACCAGACCAGGAGCCCCCCCUCCAAGUACGACGAGUACCAGACCAGGAGCCCCCCCUCCAAGUACAACGAGUGCCAGACCAGGAGCACCCCCUCCAAGAACAAUGAGUAACAGAGCAGGAGCCCCCCCUCCAAGUACAACGGGCAUGCCGCGCAAUGGAUCAGCAUACGGAGCAGGAAGCAGCGCGUAUGGAGGAUUGGGAAACCAAGGAAGCAGCGCGUAUGGAGGAUUGGGAAACCAAGGAAGCAGCGCGUAUGGAGGAGUGGGAAACCAAGGAAGCAGCGCGUAUGGAGGGGUGGGGAACCAAAAAAGCAGCGCCUACGGUGCUGUGGGAAACCCGAGCAGUGCAUAUGCUGGAAUGAACCAAAAUAAUGGUUCUAUGUACGGGGGAGGCGGAAGCCUGUACGGUGGGAUGGGUUCACGGCAGGGCUCUAUGGGUGGUGGUAGCGCGUAUGGUAUGAAUGGUCCAGGCGGUGGUUCGUUUUACGGCCAAGGAAUGGGAGGUCCUGGCGGAAUGAGUGGCUACGGCAGCACGUAUGGCAGAGGUGGACCUGGUAGCCAAAUGGGCUCCAUGUACGGUAUGGGAGGUCCCAUGGGAGGUUCUAUGUACGGCAUGGGAGGUCCUAUGGGAGGUUCUAUGUACGGUAUGGGAGGUCCUAUGGGAGGUUCUAUGUACGGUAUGGGAGGUUCUAUGUACGGUAUGGGAGGUUCUAUGUACGGCAUGGGAGGUCCUAUGGGUAUGGGGAGUAUGUACGGCAUGGGAGGUCCUAUGGGAGGUUCUAUGUACGGUAUGGGAGGUUCUAUGUAUGGUAUGGGAGGUCCUAUGGGAGGUUCUAUGUACGGCAUGGGAGGUCCUAUGGGAGGUUCUAUGUACGGCAUGGGAGGUUCUAUGUACGGCAUGGGAGGUUCUAUGUAUGGUUCUCAAAGAGGUAUGGGCAGCAUGUACGGUAUGGGAGGUGCUGGUACUAGCUUUAUGGGCAUUGGUGGUCUCUGGGCUCCCACAUCUGACUAUAACAUAAAGAGAAAGCAGGAUCCUGACCUCCCAGUGAAUACUUCAUCGACCAAGCUGGCUCAAGAAAAACCGAAAUCCAAAGAAAAGGCAAAGUCUCAAGAAAACGAAAAGACUGAAGACAAAUCAAAGGCUCAAGAAAACGCAAGGUCUCUAGAAAACGCAAAGCCUCAAGAAGCCACGAAGCCUCAAGAAGCCACAAAGCCUCAGGAAGCCACAAAGUCUCAAGAGAACAGGGAAGAAAGGAAUGGAGUAAAGUCUGACUCAACGUCAGAAGGAAAGAGCAAACCCAAGAUGGAUGCAGGAACUGAGACAGAUGGAAAGUCCAGAGAACUUGGAGCCGUACCGAAAGAAAUAAAAACAUCUACUGACGAUCCAAUUCUGCUUGAAGACCGAAUACAUUCAUUGGUGGCAGUAACCGACAACGCUGGCUCCAAGGUCACUCUAAAGGAAGCUGAAAAGAAGGUCACAGUUAAGGACUCCGAUGGCAAGAUGGUUGAUUUUGAGGCGGAUGAAGUGUUACGCGCGAGCAAGGUGACAGCUGAAAAUUCCAUUCUGCUAAAAGAACUUCUCCAACAAGUGGAAGCAAGUCACAAUGUUGCUCUUAUCUUGGCUAGCACCAAGAACGCUCAGGAUACGAGCUUGGGUGUUGCACAGACAUUCAUGAAAGCCAUCAUGGCAAAGCUUGCAAAGGAUGAAGGGGCGAAGGGGCUCAAGUACCAUGCUCAUAUGACUGCUGUCGCGAUGCCAUCACCUGACUCUGCCAAAGACUUGUUCGCCAGUUCAUCUGCACAGGCCAAGCCUGUUCGCUUUGGAUCGAACCCUCUGUAUGGUGUCUGUCUGUUAAAUCUCGAGGAGAAAUCAGUGAAGAGCGAAAAGGACGCUGAGAAACUCCUGCAGGAUGCACUGAAGAAAUCAUCAGACACGAAGGAGACAGUUGUACUACAUAUGGCUCUUAAACAGAUCAAGAAGUCAUCUGGGGGGAAGGGUGAUGUCUACCUCUCGUCUGUCCUGUUGGUUUUUGUCCGGGAGAAUGCUGAUUAUCUUGCUGGUAUUUUUAACAAGGAUGAGAAGGUCGUGCCUGUGCCUCUAUUCAAGGAGGUUGUCGGAGGUUGCAACCGUUCACUUGUUGUUACUGCCCUCUCUGGGAGUGAUGCUGCAACAGAGGCCAAAAUUCUCAAGAACGCUGAAAAACUGCGUGGUGUGAAGACCAACGCUCCACGUAGCGGUAACCUUACCCGCUUUAUGGAUUUUACUACAGAGCAGGAAAAUAAAACUGCUGCUGCCGUGGAUUCAGCCAAGGAUAGCAAAGAAAGAUCUCAGUAUGAACGAAUGUUACAAAAGUUGAGGACAAUGUUGGCUGAUGGAAAGGAACUUAUGGACAAACCGGAGAGUAAACCAAAGGUAUAUCCUUCUUUACAACCCUCAACAGCUCACAGUGCUGAAGCGGAAAAGGUUGAAGUAAAGAAUGCAGGAAAACCUGUCUCCGCUUUAAGCCCCAGUAAGGUGAGGUCAAUGAACGAUGCUGGUUCUAAUGGAGCUAGUAAGGAGUCUAAUGGUCUGUCCCCGUCAAGUAACAAAAAGGGUAAAGAUGCUGAUAAUGCUGUAGAAAAAAGUGCUGAACCUUGGCAGAAGUGUCUUAAAAUUCUGGUGGCUGUUGGGUCGAAGCCUAAAAGCAAUCACAUUGAAUUUGACGUGAAAGGUGAACAGAAGAAGUAUACAGUGGAAGAACAUAUUGGAACAACUGAAGGUGCCCCAGUUACGUCGAAGGUUGCUGAAAGAAUGCAAGCUGUUCUAUCAGAUGGAUACAACACGGGACUCUUGGCUGCGGAGAUGGUUCCAGGGUUGGCUAUCAACAAACAAGUGGUAUGGAAACUUGUGGAGGGAAUAUUAAAAGGCGCUCUGGAAAAGAAGACUGGUGUCACCAAAGAAAUGACGCUCUAUAUGAGUGUUGUUAAAGGCAGACAAGUAAUUUCAGAUUUGUUUGGCAAAACGGAGGCGCAACCUCUGGUUGUUGCCAGCUCCCCAAUAUUCGGUGUGGUGGUAAAUGGAGCAGAGCCGAAAGUGUUGAAGAAGGAAUCUGACGUGGAUGUCGCUCUUCAAGCUGCUCUCAAAAAAGCUAUAUUUUUGGUAAAGGAUGAUGAGUUUAUUGUUUGUACGGCGGUCUUAAAACAAAUCCUUGAAAAUGAUGUGAAGUUGUCCUCCUUGUUUGUUGUGAGUUCACUUGAUAUGAGGCCUACUGUAGGAAUAAUGGAGAGAAAUCCGAACUACUCACGUCAACUAUUUGGACACGCUAUGACUGGUUCAUGUUCAACAGCUAUGCUUGUUACGUAUGCGGCUAUGGAUGAAAAGGUUAAGGAAGCUCUUAAUGCUCAUCGUAAGAUGGACUUGGUUGCCGGUAAGCCGCGUGUUGGUAGUGUCAAACAGUGCGUUACAUAUAUGGAGGGAAUGUUGCCAGGAGCAGAAGAGAAAGUGAAGAAAGCCACUGAAUCAGAAAAGGAGCACACUGAGAAAAGUUUGAAAUAUCUAAAGCGGUGCAUCACAGACUACAAAAAACUUUUGGAGAAACCAAAUGAGACUCAACCCGCUGUAUAUCUCCCAUUGGAAAUGACGAAAGACAGUGAGAGCGAGAAUCGUGCUGAUUCUAAGGUUCGUGUGGUGGCUGUUAUUACGGAAAAACGUGGUGGUGGUGGCACACCCAAUGUGACAGGUGGUGAGAAUGACUUUACUGUUAAAGGUACUGAUGGGGAGAAAAAGUUCCCCGUGGCGGAGGUGGUGAAACGUACCCCACAGGUCUCCACUAUUCGUUCUAACACAGUUGAUGAAACAGUUGCUCAAUUUCUCAAGGGGUGUAACGUUGCCUUAUUGACAGCUGAUGAUGAAGGAUUUACCUCUGGUGCUGAGUUACUGGAACGUACAAGUCGAGCUGUGUAUGCAAAGGUCGCUACAGAUAGCGAGGUGUACCUUGCCCUCGUUGCUGUAAAACCUGAUGGAAGUUCGGCAAAAGAUCUUCAGCGCGCUGGUGCGGACUAUGAACCACUGGUGGUCGCCGCUUCACCACUCUUUGGCCCAUGUGUCGCUGCUGCGACGAUGACGCGGAUGAAAACGGCUGAUGAACUUCUUGCGCGCCUUAAGGCUGGUAUUGCUGUGUGUGAGUCCGAUAAGUCCAUGUUGUACAGUUUUCUGAUUCACAAGGAGGUGCGGGUGUCGGAGAAGGAUGUGAUGAUGUCUUCCUUCCUCACAGUGUUGGCAGGCAGUAACGUGGGGGUGUACACAAAAGCAUUGGAGACACGAAAUAGGGAGCGUGGACUCCUACAGUUGGCACUUGGUGGACCUUGUGUCACCUCAUUUGUUCUCGGUCUCACCGCAAACACUCCCAAAGCAGAGGUUGCAAUGGAAAUGGGGAAACUUGCAGAAAAAGUAAAUGGCAGUGCAAACCCCGCUGCACGUUCUGGUAGUCUACGACGCUUUAUAGCCUUUUCCAUGAAGGCACUUGCGCAAUUUCAUCUUCAUUCGAAAUCGGGAACAGAUUCCGAGAAUGAACACAGGAAUGCCAAUCGUGCAAAUCUGGAGGCAGCUCUCAAAGAAGCAGAGGAGAUGCUGAAAGAUCCGAAGGAUCGUUCACCAAAGGUGUACAAGCAGCAUUCGUAA